CGACGAGAAGAGAAAAAACGUCGUUCAAAUUGAAAAUUUCUGGCAAAGACAACAGAAGUUCUUCCACGCAGUCAGUAAGGCGUUAGACCAAUUUGUUGAGUCUUUAAAUAAAGAAGUGAAGUAUCUUGGAGAACAUCCCGAGAUGACUGGGAUGAAUAAAGAAACGAGUCAGGUGAUGUCUGACACUUUGAGCUUACUCACCAACAUAUUUAAAACAACAAAUCAGAACAUUUCAUGUGUUGGUGAUUCGACGUUUAAAGCGACUUUAAAAACUAUAGCGGAAAUGAAAUCACAUCUCACCGACGAGAAUGAAGAAAUAGUGAUACAGAAGUAUCACCAACUUGAAACGAUGAACUCGUGGAACAUCCCAUUAAUGUAUAACAAUUUCUUACACCCAUUUAUAACACUCUUUGACGCGGGAAGUGUCUUUUUUAAUCAGAACGAAACGCUGGACAUAUUGGUCUCGGAAGCACAGGAAUUGAAACAACAGUACUUCAUCCAACAUAGUCAACCUUCCGCGUUAUAUUGUAAUAAGUCAAUCACUUCUAUUUUGGUGACGGAACAGAGAAACAACUCACAACUUCCACUUGCUAUUGAGUCAAUAGUCAAUUACUUAUACGAAAAGGGAUUCAACGUCCCUGGGAUCUUCAGAGAAAUCACGACGGGGAAUAAACAACAAAUUGACGACUUGUAUCAUCGCCUCUCGAUAUCAUCGUUUGAAGACUUCCAACCGGAUCUGGUUGCCGCGGUGUUCAAGAAGUUUCUGAGAGAACUUCCUGAGCAUUUGUUUGAUGCGGAAGUGACGAAAUUAACGAUUAAAAAUUAUGAGAUGAAUGGAGUUGUUGGUCUGAAGAACUCGUUGACUGAAUUACUCCCAGAGAACUUCACGAUGUUUAAACAGUUGGUGCGACUCCUCUCGAAAAUCACGGCGUACGAAGAUAUCAAUUUAAUGAACGCAAAGAACUUGGCAGUCUGUUUGGCACCAACCCUCUUUUCAUUUGAAGACAUCGAUACACUGUCCCUCGCGAAGUGCAUUCAACUGCUGGAAGUGUAUAUCUCGAAGUUUGCGGAAAUCUUCCCCGACGACGUCGAUCAAUUGGUGUUCAGGAAGUCGAGAGCAUUGAAACGAGCAACAAAAGUCCUUGGCGGGAAUGACGCGGAAGUGCUUGGGAUGAUCCAAAAGCGCGCGGAAAGAAAGAAACUGCCCACGAAGAAAAAGCCAUUGCCCGAUCUUACUGUUGCAAAGCAAAAACAAAAGGAACAAAAGGACGUGAAAGACUUGAAAGAGAACAAAGAGGUCAAAGAAACAAAAGAAGCCAAAGAGAAAAUGCGCCCACAAACGGCUUUGCCAAAAACACCAGUCGUCAAAGAGAAGAAAAGAAUGCAACAACAACAAGAUAUCACUUUUGUGUUUGGAAAGUCGAAACCAAAGCAAACAAGUACUCAACCAAGUGCAAAGGAUAAAGAAAAAGAUAAAGUGACAGUACAAGACAGGGUUAAUCAUUAUCAAAGCAACCACUGA